AUGUGUCCUGGCCUAUCUGAAGAUCUCCAACAGAUUGAUGACUCCAGGAAAACGGCCAUUAUCAACCGAGAGCUGAGAAGGCUUAACAUUGACAUUGCUGCUUUACAGGAAACCAGACUCCCAUCAAACGGAAGCCCAAGAGAGGAGGAUUAUACAUUCUUCUGGCAAGGAAACGAAACAGAGGAACCACGUAUACACGGUGUAGGAUUCGCAGUGAGAAACUCUCUACUUUCAUCAGUGGAACCGCCUCAAAAGGGUACACCCAGAAUCCUGUCUCUUCGCCUCUCCACCUCCUCUGGGCAUGUCAACAUUCUGAGCAUCUAUGCUCCCACACUCAGCUCCACAGUGGAGACAAAGGAUACGUUCUAUGAGGCGCUUGAGGCUACCAUCAGAGAGAUCCCAACCACAGAACAAGUAUAUCUGCUUGGGGAUUUUAACGCAAGAGUGGGAACUGACCAAGAAGCUUGGCCUCGCAACAUAGGCCACUUUGGCGUUGGGAAACUAAAUGAUAACGGUCAGCGACUUCUUGAGAUAUGCUCCUACCACGACCUGUGCAUAACCAACACAUUCUUUGCCACAAAGCCCCAACACAGAGUCUCAUGGCAUCAUCCUAGAUCAAACCAUUGGCACCAACUGGACCUUGUGAUCACCAGAAGACGCUCACUGAACUGUGUCCUGACAACCCGCAGCUACCACAGUGCGGACUGUGAUACCGACCACUCACUUGUUGGCAGUAAGGUGCAACUCCAGCCAAAAAGGAUUCAUCGCUCCAAACAGAAAGGACGUCCACGAAUUAACACAGCAAGGACAGCAAUGCCAGAUGUUUGUGCACGCUUUGUUGACUCCAUUGAAGAGGCCCUUCGUAACUGCCCCACCAGCAGUGCUGAUGAGAGGUGGAACUACAUUCGUGACGUCAUUUACACUUCAGCGAUGGACACUUUUGGCAAGAGAGUGAGACAAAAUCCAGACUGGUUUGAAGCAGGAAUUACAGAACUCGAACCAGCAAUCACAGCCAAAAGAAACGCCCUGCUCAACUACAAACGUGGACCUUCAGAGAAGACACUUGCUGAACUCAGAAAGGCCAGAAAUGACGCCCAACGGAUAGCUCGACGCAGCGCAAAUGACCACUGGCUGAAUCUCUGUAAAGGUAUCGAGCACUCUGCUGACUGUGGUAACAUUUGCGCCAUGUACGAAGGCAUGAAGAAAGUUUUUGGUCUGAGCAUCAUCAAGACGGCGCCGCUGAAAACAGUCUCUGGUGACAUCAUCACUGACAAAGGAAAGCAGAUGGAGAGAUGGGCCGAACACUAUCAAGAGCUCUACUCAAGAGAAAAUGUCGUCAGUGUCACAGCUGUUGAGAAAACCAAUGUCCUACCAGCUAUGGAGGAACUUGAUGCUCCUCCUUCGAUAGAUGAACUCAGUAAGGCCAUCAACUCCCUAGCCAGUGGGAAAGCCCCAGGUGGCGAUGGUAUUCCCCCAGAGGUCAUCAAAGCGGGCAAGAGUUCCACUUUGUUACAUCACCUGCACAAGCUGUUACUCCAGUGCUGGGAAGAAGGAACAAUUCCACAAGACAUGCGCAACGCUAGCAUCAUAACGCUCUACAAGAACAAAGGAGACCGCAGCGAUUGCAACAACUAUCGUGGAAUAUCCCUACUCAGCAUUGUUGGGAAGGCAUUCGCCCAAGUAGUGCUUAAUCGAUUGCAGAAACUAGCAGAGCGAGUCUACCCGGAGGCGCAGUGCGGUUUCAGAGCAGAAAGGUCAACCAUCAACAUGGUUUUCUCAUUACGCCAAUUACAAGAAAAGUGUCGAGAACAGAGACGCCCAUUGUACAUUGCCUUUAUUGACCUAACCAAGGCAUUUGACCUGGUCAGUAGGCAAGGUCUCUUUACCCUGCUACAGAGGAUUGGAUGCCCUCCAAAGCUCCUGAGGAUAAUCUCGUCUUUUCAUGAAGACAUGCACGGCACCGUCCAGUAUGAUGGUUCAUCCUCAGAUCCCUUCCCAAUCAAAAGCGGCGUAAAACAAGGAUGCGUACUAGCCCCAACGCUUUUUGGCAUAUUCUUUUCCCUGCUGCUGUCAUACGCAUUUGAUCAAUCAGAAGAUGGCGUGUAUCUUCACACCAGAAGUGACGGAAGCCUCUUCAACCUUGCGCGUCUCCGAGCAAAAACCAAAGUACGCAAGGUCCUGAUCAGAGAGAUGCUCUUUGCUGAUGAUGCCACCUUGACUGCACACACAGAGCAGGCACUACAACGACUCAUCGACCGCUUUUCCAAUGCAUGCGAUGAGUUUGCUCUCACCAUCAGCAUCAAAAAGACCAACAUUAUGGGCCAGGACGUCUGCUGCACUCCCAAAAUCUCCAUCGACGAACAUGUCCUUGAAGUUGUGGAUUCAUUCACCUACCUUGGGUCCACCAUAUCAAGUAACCUGUCCUUGGAUACAGAGCUAAAUAAGCGCAUUGGGAAAGCAGCAUCAGUAAUGGCUUGGCUGGGAAAACGAGUAUGGGACAACGCCAUGCUGACAACAAACACCAGGAUAGUGGUAUACAAGGCGUGCGUACUCAGCACGCUCCUGUACGGCAGCGAAGCCUGGACCCUGUACUCUCACCAAGAGCGUCGACUCAACACCUUCCACAUGCGUUGCCUCAGAAGAAUUUUAGAAGGAUCAUGUCACCAACAAGGACGUAUUGAGACAGUCAGGGUUACCCAGUUUGUUCGCCUUGCUAAGCCAGGGGCGAUUGAGAUGGCUUGGCCAUGUAAGCCGCAUGGACAACGGCCGUAUACCGAAGGACGUGCUGUACGGAGAGCUGGCAACUGGAUCAAGACCUACAGGAAGAACUGUUCUUCGCUACAAGGAUGUCCUAAAACGUGA